CAGAAGGAAAGAUAAACCCCAUUUCUGCUGUUUUAGAUGCAAUGGCUUGUCCACACUACCGAUCACCUUUUGGUGACACCACCUUUACAAAAGUGUUCGUUGGGGGACUACCAUGGGAGACGCGAGCAGCGGAAAUGCGUCGCUAUUUUGAGCAGUUCGGAGAGAUUCUUGAAGCUGUUAUCAUCACUGAUAAGAUCACCGGCAAAUCUAAAGGAUACGGCUUUAUUACUUUCCUUGAUCCUGAUUCUGCAAGGAGGGCUUGUGUUGAUCCGAAUCCUGUAAUUGAUGGAAGAAGAGCAAACUGUAACAUUGCUUCAUUUGGAAGGGCUAGACCUUUGCAACCGCAAGGAAGAAAUCGAGGCAACAGUCCUUUUCAAGGAGCACCAUCUUAUAGUGGAGUUGUAGCACCGGUGCCAGUGCCUCCACCUCCUCCUCCUCCUCCUCUGCCACCGGUUCCGCCUGUCGUGUAUCCACUGCCUUAUGGGUACCCAACUUACAGUCCUGAAUAUGGAUUCCACCAAGCUAUCUAUCAUCAACAAUAUGGAUCAUCAUCUACCUCAAUGGGAUCCCCAUAUUACUAUGGUUAUUCCUUGGAAGCUCCAAGGGGAACAUUUUCUGCACCCCAAUCUCACCUUAUCCCCGGACCGUCCUUUCUUUACUAUCCAACUCAAAUGCCGGGGUAUCCUCCCCCACCCUUUCAUCUCAGCUAUCCUUCUUCCACAGAUUCACAGACUCCACAGCAUACAUCCACAGAAACAGAAGCUGGGGCCAUCAUUUCCGACAGUCCAAAAACCUAAAGGAACUCAUCCCCUACAAACAACUUCAAAUUGUACAAUCUUGAUAAGAUUAUGUGCAACUCAUCACCUUAUUUCACUCUUAUAUUCUCAACAAUUUAGCAAUAGGUGGGUUACCUAUGGCAGGAAAAAGGAAGACUAAUCUACCACCUUAUGCAGAUAUCAUUUUUCGUCUUUAAUUCUCGAGGGAAAAAAAAAAGAAACAUUCUUCCAUUUCCCCCAAA